CUCAGUGAUCGCCAUCCAUCUACUCCCACCAACAACUCUGAGAUUCUCCCCUCCUAAACUGUGCUCCCUCAGAGCCAUGCUCACCUUUGUAACCACUUCGUCCUCACUCCAGCCUUCCAUUGCAACCACCUCACCACCUUCCCACUACACAGAUGGAGCCGGCAUGGUGUUUCAUCAUAUCCUUGAUCCCCCUUGUUGAAUUCCUGUCAAUUACUUCUGCUUCUGGAUUGAAGUCGCAGCAGCAAUGCAGUGACAGUGGUGGCAUGCCUGCUGGAGUGAGAGCUGGUUACUGGUCGCCGUUCUCAAGCCGCUACUCGCCGGUCAGUAGCAUUGACACCUCCUUGUACACUCACCUCUACUACAGCUCGGUAUCCUUUGACGAGACGAGCUAUGCUGUCGCGCCUCCACCGACCGAUGAGAGCUCGCUGCUCGCUGCGUUCUCCAGUACCGUCAAGUCCGGGAGCCCAUCCGUCAAGACCAUACUGUCCAUAGGCACAGAUGAGUACAAGGUGGACGUGUCAAAUGCCGCCUUCUCCAGAAUGGCUUCGGACAAGAACCUCCGGGGAGUGUUCAUCAACUCCUCGGUGGAACUUGCUCGAGCCAACGGCUUCGACGGUAUUGACAUGUCAUGGAUUUUCCCAGCCACACAGAUGGACAUGGAGAACCUUGGGGUCCUGCUUGCGGAAUGGCGGGCAAGGAUCAUGGAGGAAUCCGCCACGAACUCCUUGUCCGAGCCUCUUCUCCUUACAGCAACACUCUACUUCUCGAACCACCUGUUUGGCAUGCCUGACAGCAAUCUCGACUACCCAAUAGAUGACAUCUCAAACAACCUCGACUGGGUGAACAUUCUCACCUUCGGUUUCCAUGGGGGCAGCAAUGUCACUACAGUCGACGCACCUCUAUAUGACACAACCUCGCACUUCUCGGUGAGCUACGGGGUCAUCUCAUGGCUGGAUGCUGGACUCCCACCAUGUAAACUGGUGAUGGGUAUACCUCUAUUUGGAAGGUCCUGGUUCCUCAGAAACAAGGCCAAGAAUGGAAUAGGAUCACCAACUGCAGCUGCUGGGACAAAACAGAGGAAGAGCAACCAGACCGGGAUAAUUGCGUAUACAGAGGUUGAAGAUUACAUGAACUCUGCAAGCACCGUUGUUACGUACGACAACCAGUCAGUGGCAGAGUAUUUCUACAACGGUGACCUCUGGGUCAGCUUCGACAGUGCACAGGUGGUGCAGCACAAGAUAGAGUUUGCAGUGAGGUCUCAGCUGCUUGGGUACUUCCUCUGGACUAUCGGCUUCGACGAUUCAAACAGCACAAUAUCAAAGCAAGCAUCCGAAUCAUGGCACCAAUAUGCACAGGGUGGUUUUGGAACCAUGCAUGCAGGAGGUUCAAACCAGUAUGUUGCAUUUAAUUCAUCUUCAGUAUCAUUUGGUAGCUGGCAUUUAAAAAUGCUCAGCUAUUUGUUGUCCUCUGUACUUCUAUUGGUGACUCUAUUUGAUUCAGAAUAUCAGUAAACAUGCCAGAUAUGUAAAAGUAGUUUUAAAUGAUAUGUUCAUCAAAGUGAAUGUCAAAUUGUUAAAUAAAUACAAUAUGCUAUAUUGUAUUUAUUGAGUUUUUUUCAGUCAUUCUUUCCCAAAACAAGGGUUACAUCAAGUUAAA